GUGGAAAUCAUGCUAGUAACCACUGAAAGCACCAGUGGCUGAUCUACAGCACAGAAUACACCAGCGUACAGAUAUGGAAGUGACCUUGAAUGCAAUGAGAAUGAAGAAACCAGAAGCAGUGGAAAUGGCCAUAGAAAUGCAGUCACUGGGACGUCCGUUCUCCCUUGGGAUGCUCUAUGAUUGUCGUACUGAUAAUUGUGUUCCAGGUAUCACUUUAUGGGACCUCGAUGUAUUGGCAGAUCACGUGGCAUCAACACCUCGAGAGAAUACAUUAUUUGACAUUACAACUUCAGACACUCUUUCAGCUAAAUCAUCAGCUCUGAAUGUUUCAGCAUCUUUAAAGCUCAGUUUACUUGCUGGUAUGGUAGAUGUUACGGGAUCUGGGAAAUUCAUUCAUAACACUAAGGCCUCUAAGAAUCAAGUCAGUGUCACUCUAAAUUACUCAAGAACAACAAAGUUUGAGCAGCUGAGCAUGGAGCAUUUAGGUGCCAAAAACAUAGAACAUCAUGAAGUGUUUGACAAAGGGACGGCCACCCAUGUGGUCACUGGUAUAUUGUAUGGUGCUAAAGCCUUCUUUACAUUUGAACGUGAUGUGUCUACAACAGAGAAGUUUCAGGAAAUACAGGGAAACCUUGAGGUCGCUAUAAAGAAUAUUCCACAAUGUACAAUCGAUGGACAGGGAAAUGUGGAAAUUACAGAGGAAAAGAGGAAAGAAGUAAAAACAUUUAGCUGCAAGUUUAAUGGAGACUUCGCCCUGGAGAGUAAUCCGGUCACAUUCGAAGAUGCCGUAAAAAUUUAUGCCAACCUCCCAAAGCUAUUAGGAGAGAAAGGGGAGAAGGCUGUACCUGUGACAGUCUGGCUGUAUCCUCUGUCAAAAAUUAACAGUAAAGUUGAUCAAAUAAUUAGAUCCAUUAGUACAGAUCUUGUUUUCAGUACAGAACAGCAGAUACAGAAAAUGAUAGAUGUUACCAUACACUGUAACGAUCUGAUGAAACAUCCGGUUGCAGAGACCUUUCCUGACAUCAAGAGUAACAUCAUUCAGUUCAUAGAGCAGUGUGAUCUAUUUAAACUCAAAUUUAAGAAGAAACUUGCAGAGAUCUUACCUGCUAUCCGUGGUGGGGGAUCAGAGGAAUCUGAUCUUGCUAAGAUUUUACUCAAAAUAAAACAAUCUCCAUUUAGAAACAGCUAUAUUACAGAGUUUCUGAGCAGAAAAGAACAGGAGAUGGAUACUGUGAGCUCCUAUCUGGCAAUGCUGCCCAACAUCAGUGUUUUACCAACUGAGACUGAGAGACACAAACUAACAUCUGACCCUAUGAUUGAUUAUGUUGUGUCUUUCAAUUUUACAUCCUUUAAUGAGGAGGAGACAUAUCUUUCUGAUAUGUCUUAUUGGCUUCAAGAUCUUGAAAGCAAAAUCUAUAAUAACAACAACAACAUCUCACCAUGGUACAAGGACAAUUAUGUAGAUAAGAAGGCCAGGAGAUGUGUAAGAGCAUUUAAGGAAUUUGCUGCAGCCAAUGCAUCCAGUGAGAAGACUAAAUUCAUUAUCUCAUCUGUCCCAGACCAGAGUAAUCCUGGGGUCUCCAUUUAUUUGUAUGAAGGUGGGGAUUUGGUGAGUGUAAAGUUUGAGCCUCCAGCUAAACCUAAUCCCCCCUUUAUCAGUGGUAGGACACAUGAUAGUAUGGAACUCACUAUCAGUCCAGCAGACUUUGGGAAAGAGUUCAUAGAAAGAUACAAAAUAGAGUAUAGAUCUGCUGAGGAGGAAAACUGGUCACAUUUUAUAACAAAGAAUAAAGAUGAGAAGAUCACAGUUACAGGACUAAAGCCUAAUACUAAGUAUCAGCUCAAAUACUCUGCAGUGUUUAAACCAGGACUCAGCACUGCCAGUGAUGCUAUAGAAAAUGAGAAAACCUUUCCCACUGGUAAACCUGAAGUCUCACUCAUCACUGCUGAUUCAUCCAGUAUUAAAUUACAGCUCAAGGAACCAACUAUAGUUGGAGAUGGAGUCACAGUAACUGAAUUUAAAGUUGAAUACAAAGUAGAAUCUGAAAAUCAAGGUGAAAGGUGGCAGGAACGUAGAUCAGGUAGCAAAGUAGAAACGUAUACUGUUGAUGGGCUAAAGUCACUGACAUCCUACAUAAUACGUGUAUCGGCCAUAUGUGGUAACUCUGGGGUCAGUGCUCCUAGUGGUGAGAUUUUAGUUAGGACAACAGAAGAAUAAUCUUCUAAUAUUCAACAUUGACUAAUUAAAGAAAAUAGCCUCCAAAUAAAGGACAACAUACCUAUAUGAUUGAAGAUACAGUUAAUAGAUAUUUGGGAAUCUUAAUCUAUAAUGUGAUUGUGGUGAUAAACUGAAUAAUAUAUGCACACAAAUAGGAAAGCAAAGGUAUUCUGUUUAGGGGAACUCUUAUGGUAUAACUGUAAAUCACAGGUUUUGUUUUACUCCUUGCCAUAAGUACAGUGGACCAAAUAACUUUUCAUUGGAUCAAUAGAGAACUAUGAGCUAUCUUCUUUCUUAGGAAAUAAUAGCCUGCAUUUUCCAGAUGAAUUGGGUGGAAACACCAUGGGAGAAGGAAAAGUGUACUCACCUCUUCAUCGAGGUUUGGGCACAUUACAGAGAUACAUACAUCACCUUUUUCUACUAAGACCAAAAUGUGUAAUUAUCUGCAGCAUACCACAUGGCGAUAACUCAGAAUGUUAAUGGAUAAUUCACCUAUUCAGCUGUUUGUUCCAUGAUGUUGUUUAAUCAUAAUUGACUUAUUAAGUUUAUUAAUCAUCCCUCCCCAUGGUCAGACUGUCAUCUGUUCUACACAUGGCAUGUUUUCUUUCUGUAUAUUACCUGACUAUACUGUUUAUGUACUGUUUCAUUUGGAAUAACUGUUGGCCUUUGUUACUGAGUCAUUGUAUUUACAUGUGCUAUGAAGUUAUGUGUAU